CGCCGCGCCGCGCCGGUCCGUCCGCCGUCAGUUCAGUUUUCGUAACGAUCUUUCAGAAUUCAAACUUAAAGAAUGGGUUGGGGUAGGCUGGGUGCAUUUUAAAGUACUUUUAAUGUUGAACUCGUGUAUUGUGUGUUCAACCUUUUUAUCAAUGUAGUAGACUGCACGUUUUAUUUUAAAUCUUAUCUUUGUUUUUAACUCUUGAACACCGUCUUAUUGUAACCCUUCGCUGUUGACACACACUAGGACGACAAUGGAUGAUUGUGAAAUGGAAUAUGACAGCAUUGAUGCUGAGUCAAGGAAAGUGGAAUUCAAAACCCCCAUGCCUGUUAGUAAGAAGAUUUCUCAACACAGCCACAGUGAAAGUGGAUACCUCACAUCAAGUUCAAUCGAUAUCAACUCAACUGCUGGAAGCUGGACAUGUAGUAGUAUACAUUCUGGACAAAAGUCUAGUUGUCGAAACACAUUGUUUCCUCCAGAUGCCUCUUCUAAUGACUCCCUGCUGUUUAGUUCUCCUGAGAGCUCAUCCAAAAAGCUGCAUGUCCUCCGAUCUCUUGAGACUUCCCCAGAUUCUGGACUUGGCAGCGAUUCAGUAUUUACUGAUGAUGAGCUCAGUCACCAGACUCCUUCAACAAAACGUCCUGCUACACCUGAACUGCUUACAAGCUCUCUUAGAGUAGAUACUGUCUCUCUAGGUGGGAAUGUUACUAAUUCAUUAUGGCAAAGUACUCCACUAUAUCCAAACUCCAGAAGCAUUCGACCAAGCUUUUCAGAAGAAGUUUUUGAAAAGAGUCCUACUAAACGACGUAGAGCUUCAACAUUAAGAAAGCCAUCACGUGACCUCUUUCCUGUUGAUAGUCCAAGUACUUCAACAGCUACUCAAACCUCACUUGUUGGCUGUAAACAGGUUGAUUUCCUGUUUUAUUUGGGCAAAAAGUCAUCUUGUCAACCCGCUUUGGAUUCCAUCCUGGCAAAUUUGCAACCAGCUGAUUUGUGUCGGGCGAGCAUAGUCUCUCAAUCCUGGAAAAAUGUGAUUGAAAGUGUUCCAACUGCUAGUCAAAGAAAACAGGACUAUAUUCUUCAAUGCUCACAAAUAAAAGAGAACUUACACCAGUCUACGAAGAAAUCUGAUGGUAUACUUCCAUUUAGAGGACAACUUCUUGACAUCCAGAAUUUCAAUCGAACAGAAGAAUUUCCAAGUCCAAGCCCUCGUAGCCCUCCAGUCAGCCCAAGUAAAGUGAGGUUUCAUUUAUAUUGUAAGGAGGGGAGAAAAUUAGGAGAUGGACAAACUCUAGUCCAGUGUCCUAAGUGCACCCUGCCUUCCAGAAAGGAGACAGAGAGAGCUGCUCGGUGUACAAGACGAGGUUGCCAGUACUACUUUUGUGUGCUUUGUCUUUGUAAAUUUCACGAAGAUAAAUCAUGUCCUGUGUCAACAGUUCGACACAGGAAAAGAAUAACAUCAAUAGGAAGUCGUGAGAGCCGUCGUAAUCUGCAGCGUCUGUGAAAGUGAGUGCUCAAUUCAAAUCAGCUAUUAUUAUAUGUUCUUAGUGCUCACUUUAGAUUAAGGCUAUAUUUUUAUAAAUUAACUGCGAGUUGUGAUACCGGUCCAGUGUUCAUAUUAUUGCAUCCCGUGUAUAUGAUGAUCUUUGAGUACCUGAUAUUUUAAUUAUUUUUAUGUACUUAUUAAAAUAACUAAAUAAGAAUUAAAAAGAGAUAUUUUCCCGCA